UAUUCAAGCAUUUACCCCGAUAUGCUUCCAUUGUCAUGCCAAUGUUCAGAAUAUUAAAAUAUGUUGUUUUUAGCUUUUAUUCGAUUGAACUCUUUAAUAUCCUAUACUUUUCUUUGUGCUCUCUUUUUUGUCAUAAAUUCUCAAAUGAAAUAAGUUUUCUCCUCUUGUGCUAGGAUGGGGAUAGAAAGGAAACCACAAAUUUUUAAUGUCAAAAGGACUCAACCUAUCUCACAAAAACUAGUGAGAAGGACUUUUUGUGGUAGAAAUUUGAAUAAGAAUCAACUUGGUGGGGUCAUAUUUGGAUGCACAAGGAAUACAAUGAAAGAAUGUCUAUCAAAACAACUCUUUGGAUUACCAUCUCAACACUUUUCCUAUGUGAAGAAUAUUGAUUCCGGGUUGCCUUUGUUUCUAUUCAAUUAUACUGAUAGAAAGCUUCAUGGGAUUUUUGAGGCAUCUAGCAAGGGAAAAAUGUAUAUAGACCCUUAUGCAUGGAUUAAUGAUGAUUAUUCCGACGAAACACAAUAUCCUGCACAGGUAAAAGUUCGUGUCGGACUUCAAUGUCGCCCGUUGUCCGAAGAUAAAUUUGAACGAGUAAUUGCGGAGAACUAUUAUGACAAUAACCAUUUUUGGUUUGAACUAGACCGUAGUCAAACAACCAAGCUAAUGUAUUUACUCGCGUCUACACCAAUAGCUCCUGAUACAUAUGUACCGCGAUAUAAUACGAAAUGGAGAUCAGUUCGACCUUGUCCAUCAUAUGAAACUAUGAAGAAAGAUCAAUACACUCAACAAGUGCAUACCCAUCCAAUUAAGACAAAGGUAAACGAGGGUGAGAAAAACCGUAUACAUAAGAAACUAUUGAAAUUGGCUCUUGGCAAGAAAAACCAAGACCUCUCAUUUCUAGACAAUAUAAAUGGCGUUUCUGAUGAGAAAAAGAUAAAGGGUUAUAUAGAGGCACCACCAGAUUUAGACAAAAACGAAGAUAAUAAUUCUAGUGCUUCAUUCAAGAAUUUAUACACCAUAAUACAGUCGGUGCAACAAGAUGAAGAACUGAAAGCUUUUCAGAAAACACACUCCCAGAAGAAUGGUCACCUAGAACAAAAACUGAUGAAAUCAUCAUUGAAAAUUCAUCAUGUCAAAGAUAAUUGUAAAAAGUUUGAAUGUACAAAUAUUGAGAAGACAGCCAUUCAGUCAUUUGAGUAUGAGGAUGCAAUCAAAUAUUUUCAACCUAUGAACUCUCUUGGCUUAUACACAUCACAAAUACAAGUGAAAGUUGAUGGUAUUACUACCAAUGAAAUUGACUGCUUUACAAAUGUUGAUAUAGUUAAUUUAGACCAUAAAAGGUGGAUCUCUCUGCAUUCAAAUGUAGAUAAGAAAUUUGAAAUUGCUACAAUGGAACCCAAUGGUUCCCUUUAUACGAAUGGUGCAUGCAAAGGAUUUGACUAUUUGAAGUAUACCAUUGGUGGCUUUGAUGAAUACACAAUGGUUUCAUAUAUGGAACUAUUUGAUCCAUGUCUUGAGCUAAGGAUGGAACUAAUGAAUUACCUUGAGGAUUUCUAUAGUGCUAUUGAUAUCAAGGAGUCUAUGGGAUCAAGGGAGUCAAAGUUUUUGAAAACAUUUUAGAUGCAUUUUAUGAGGCAGCGAAUGUGUGUUUGUGAUAACAAUGGAGAUAAACAACAAUGGUGACCUUUGUAAAAAAUACAGCAAUCGUGAUUUAGACUAUAGUUGUAAUAACUACUAUGCCAAUUUCAUAUUAAUAACUACUCAUGUGUAUUAUUUAUUCAUCGAAAUCUUGAUCACACAUUGUUGUUUUUCA